AAUUUGGAGAAUUCAUCUACAGCGUCUCACAGGAUCAUAUGACUAACAUUGUUCUUAAAGCCGCGUUCAUUCACUGAGAGGAGAAACAUUGUAACAUUCCGCAACUGUUGCGUUCUUUUUAUUCCUCUUCAUUAUGACGUAUUGUGGAUGCGAGCGUUUAAACAUUUAAAUGAAAUGCCUUACAUUAUCUAUUAACAUCGUAAUUCUCUUGGACAAAACUGUGUAAAUCUGUUCAUUUAUAUUCUCAUCUGAGUCUACAGUUGUGUUUUCUUCGCGGAGGCGGAGCAGCAUCACUUACCAAAGAAACACGUCACUUUGUCAAACAUAAAGUGUGUUUUAUUAUUAUUUUUUUUUAAUGAAAACUUGAUCAAGCAAGAUUCAAGACCCCCUUUUCUUCCUGGAGGAUAUCUGGGUCGGUGGGUAAAAAUGCAGACCGGAUUCAGAUUAAAUUUAAACCCCGUCAAAGAGCCUCUUGGUUUCGUUAAAGUCGUGGAGUGGCUCACUGCGGUGUUUGCUUUUGGGACCUGUGGAGGAUAUACAGGCACAAAUGUGCUUUCCAUCUUCUGUGACGGAGGUGGGAAUGAAACGCUUAGUGCCACUUUCAACUACCCAUUCAGGUUAAACCAGGUUCUGCUGGUUGAGAACAACACCACCCUUUGCAACCGCACAGUUUCAGAAACCCAUCUGGUUGGAGACUCCUCAUCCUCGGUGGAGUUCUUCGUGGCUGUGGCUGUCUUGGCCUUCCUGUAUGCCAUGGUGGCUCUACUGGUGUAUCUGGGCUACAUGCACGUAUACAGAGACUCUGACUUUGGUCCAAUGCUUGAUUUUGUGGUGACGGCAGCCUUUGCGCUCCUGUGGCUGGUGUGCUCGUCGGCAUGGGCGAGGGGUCUGCAAGCGAUGAAGGAUGCCACCAGUACAGCUGGCAUUGACUUAACGCUGGCACUCUGUAAGGAAAGAGAUGUCAAGUGUGAAGUCACUGAGUAUGCCAGCAUGCGCUCACUCAAUAUAUCUGUGGUAUUUGGUUACGUAAAUCUCAUCAUAUGGGCCGGGAAUGCCUGGUUUGUGUAUAAGGAGACACGCUGGCACUCACAGAAGGUCAAUGCACAACAUGCGGCGGGGCGUGGCCCAGCUCCCGCCCCCUUCUAAACUCCGCCCCCUAAUUAUCUCCACAUCUCAGCCUUCGUGAAACAGACAUAACCCAUUAGGUUUAUGCUUUACGUAAUUCGUAUAAUUCGUCAUAUGUUACUUUGCAUAUGGCGUUCAUGUGAUGUUUUUCUAAUGUUUUAUAACUUUCAAUUUAAAAACAAUUUUCCAGCCACACAUUCCUGUGUACUUAAAGAAGUGUCUCACACAUAAAUGAUAUUGUUUUAGUCUUUAUAAAUAAUUUGGCCCACAUGCAUGCUUCUGAAAUGAUUCUUUGAAACGGUCUGUUCCUCUAAUGAAUUGCAUAUGUUUUAUCAAACAAUAUAAAUGUUUUCUUUAUUCUUUUGCAUUCACUUUUCAAUUGAUUUUAAGAAUGAUUUUUUGUUAACAUUGUUACUGAAUGGUGUUCUGAUAUGUUGCAUUAUUAAUCAUUUAAUGAAUAUAUGUGCAGUUGGGGAAAUCUCACGAAAACAUGUCCAGGUCACCCCAAAAUCUAAAGAAAAUUAAAAAUGUAUAUAAGAAAUAUCAGAAGAAUUUGGGGGUGAAAAUAUGCUGAAUUGUCUUAAAACAACUUAAAAACGCAAAUAAUCUUAAUGGUCCAAAAAAAUAAGCUUUUUGUCCUCUUUAGUUUAUAGCAAUUUCAUUUAUUUUCAUGUUUACAUUAAAUUUUUCUAUUCAUAUAUCUUUUAAAUUGUAAGUGCUUCAUGUUUUUGUUGAAUAAACUGACUGUAAAGUGCAGUUCUGUAGGGUUUUGUGCUUCUGGGAAGAAAGGGUGAGUUCUUACCCAAAUAAAUCUGUGCUUCCUGAUGGAAAAAUAAUA